AGUGGUGGCGGGUGGGGGUGGGAAGAGCAUGGAAUGGGAAAAGGGGAAAGGAGUUUCAAAGGCGGAUCCUUUGCUAUGGACGGAGGCUGGCGGUGGCUCUCCGGAAUCGUGUCCAUCUCCGUCGGCGGCGGCGGCGGCGGUGGCGGAGGGCGAGGCCGGAGGGUCCGGCUGGCGCUGGCCCUGAUCUGCUGCUCUCCAGUCCUCCUCCCCCUGAUCUGCCUCUCCCUCCCCGUCCUCUGCAUCGCCGCUUUCUGCCUCCGGCUCCGCCAGUGGAGGAGGCCGGCCGAGCUAGGCGAGGACGUCGCCGCCGGCUUCUUGGAACGGUGCGAGGAGGGGGAGGAGGCGCAGGCGGCGGCGACGGCUGCGGCUGCGGCGGCGAUCGAAGGACGGCUGCUGCACCGGUACCUUGAGGACCAGCUGGGGCUCGUCAGGGCCGUGUGGGACUGCGACGACGGCGGCGACUUAGCGGGCUUGUAGGAACAUUGUAAAAAUUCGAUCUUUUUUUUUUUUCUUUAGUUCGAUUUUAGGGUUUUAAUUCAUAAGGAAAUUUUGAUCUUUUUUGACCCUAAUCUCUCUGUUC